AUGGUUGCACCAAUUGGAAGUAGCACAGAAGUUCAAGUGGCUCCACCAUUUGAAAGCAUCGCUCAAACCCCGGAGGCUUCAUCGUCGGUUGGGAGCAUUGCUCUAACCCUGGAGGCUUCAUCGUCGGUUGGGAGCAUUGCUCUAACGCCGGAGGCUUCAUCGUCGGUUGGGAGCAUUGCUCUAACGCCGGAGGCUUCAUCGUCGGUUGGGAGCAUUGCUCUAACGCCGGAGGCUUCAUCGUCGAUUGGGAGCAUUGCUCUAACGCCGGAGGCUUCAUCGUCGGUUGGGAGCAUUGCUCUAACGCCGGAGGCUUCAUCGUCGGUUGGGAGCAUUGCUCUAACCCCGGAGGCUUCGUCGUCGGUUGGGAGCAUUGCUCUAACGCCGGAGGCUUAA